GGAGAUGCGCGCGCAGCCUGGGGUGGUUGCCUCUCCUACUGCUGCUGCUACUACCAGGGCAGGGGGGAGCGCGAGGCUCUGAGCUUCCUUAUUCUCCUUCCCCACCCUCCCCUUACCACAGCUCAGGCUUUGGCUUGGUGACUAGGCCGCAUUCCCCCCCCGUUGGGGGGGAGGGGGCCAUUGUUGUUAUGGAGACCGGUUCUGGGGACCCCCCACCGCCCCCACCGAGGUAUAAUGCUCCUCACUCAGUGCUCCAUGCCCUCAGAGGUGAGCCCGGCUCCUGGGCUGUAGGAGUGCCUGCAGACAACAUGACAGCUUCGCCCCUGGCAACAGCCAAUGCAGUAACAAUGGAAGCCGUGGAAGCAGACCUGCCAACCAGCGCUACAACAACAGCACCUUGCAUUCCUACAGAAGCAAUAACCAAGAUCACCGUAGAGAUGUCUCUCAUGGCUGUGGCCAACGAUAACGGGAGCAUGGCCUUUCCUGCACAGGUGGCAUCGGAUGCCGUAGCUACGGACGUAAUUCCGAUGGGUGACAAACCUUCCACAGAGACGGUACCUGUGACCAAUUCGGUGGAUCCCGCACCAGCCGUGGCAAGUAAUGGAAUGUCGGUGACGUCGUCCUAUGAUGUUGGGAUGGUGUCGCCAGCUGUGGCUUUGCCUAAAGAGACCAUGGUAAAAUCUCUCCCGGUUCCACCAGAAUCGCCCACAGUGGUAGUGGUAGCGCCUAGCCCUGUGACGCCUCCCGAGAAGACUCCACCGACCACAUCCAGAGAUCUGGUGCCUCACGAUCUCCCACUCCACAACUGUCCCAGGACAUGGUGUUCCCAGUCCAGUCUCGGAACCCCGGCACCCAGGGCUCCUCCAGCUCCUGACACAUUGAGCUACUUGGAUUCUGUCAGCCUCAUGUCAGGCAUGGAGUCACUGCCCGCUGGAUUCCUCGAUGAUGCUAGCUCCAUGGGUUCAGAUUCUGAGAUCAAUGGAUUGGCAUACCGGAGGACCGAUAAAUAUGGCUUCCUAGGGGGCAGCCAAUAUGUUGGUUCAGUUGAAAGCGCUAUCCCAGUGGAUGUGGCCAGGCAGAGGGAACUGAAAUGGCUGGACAUGUUUUCCCACUGGGACAAAUGGCUGUCACGCAGAUUCCAAAAGGUGAAAUUGCGCUGCCGGAAGGGGAUCCCCUCUUCUCUCCGUGCCAAAGCGUGGCAACUUCUCUCAAACAGCAAGGAGCUUCUGGAUCAAAAUCCAGGGAAAUUUGAGGAAUUGGAACGCCAGCCUGGAGAUCCCAAAUGGCUAGAUGUGAUUGAAAAAGACCUACACAGGCAAUUCCCUUUCCACGAGAUGUUUGCAGCGCGGGGAGGCCACGGGCAGCAGGACCUCUACCGCAUUCUGAAGGCCUACACCAUCUACCGGCCAGAAGAAGGCUACUGCCAGGCACAGGCACCCGUGGCUGCGGUUUUGCUGAUGCAUAUGCCUGCAGAGCAAGCUUUCUGGUGCCUGGUGCAAAUCUGUGAGAAAUACCUCCCUGGCUAUUACAGCGCUGGACUGGAGGCGAUUCAGCUGGACGGGGAGAUCUUCUUUGCCCUGCUGCGGCGAGCGUCUCCCAUUGCCUACCGCCACCUGAAAAGGUACAAGGUCGACCCCAUCUUGUACAUGACGGAGUGGUUCAUGUGCAUCUUCUCCCGGACCUUGCCCUGGUGCUCUGUACUGCGCGUCUGGGACAUGUUCUUCUGUGAAGGGGUGAAGAUAAUCUUUCGUGUGGGCUUAGUGCUGCUCCGGAACACGCUGGGCUCAGUAGACAAGCUGCGCUCCUGCCAAGGCAUGUACGAGACGAUGGAGAAACUAAGGAACCUGCCUGUUGAUACCAUGCAAGAGAACUUCCUUGUCCAGGAGGUGAUUAACCUCCCGGUGACGGAAGCCCUUGUGGAGCGGGAGAACGCCACGCAGCUGAAGAAAUGGCGGGAGACGCGGGGAGAGCUGCAGUACAAGCCCUCCCGCCGGUUGCAUGGCUCGCGGGCCAUCCACGAGGAAAGCCACCGCAUGAACCCGCCCUUGAGCGCCAGUGCCAGCCUUUUGAGCCUCACCGGCCUGAGGCAGAGGGUUGCCAUUGGCAGUACCAGCGGCCCCUCCUUCUCCCCGGCGCACUCGGUGGGCUCCUUGGCCGUGUCGGCUGCCCCCACCCCGGCUCCUCCCGCCGCCCAGAGCCAGGUGGUGGUGUCCGAAGGCCUCCACCCAGCCUUGCCGUCCCCGACUGGGAACAACAUGCCGCUCGGGGGGCCCCCCAGGAAAGCGGGGGGCAGCAGCAAGGAGGAGAGGCGGAAAGAGAAGGAGCGCGAGAGGCAGGAGAAGCUGGAGAAGGAAAGGCAGAAGCAGGAGAAGGAGCGCGAGCGGAAGCUGCAGAAGGAGCGCGAGAAGCAGGAGAAGGAGCGGGAGAAGAAGCAGCAAAGGGAGCGAGCCAAAGAGGAGGCCAAGCUAAAGAAGGAGAGGAAGUUGUCGCUGAGGAAAAAGGAACCCAAGUCAGCCCCUCCGCCGCCCGCUGAGGAGGGGAAGGAGGGGGGAACCUCAGGGGCGUCCGUGGUACAAAGCACACACUUUUGAGUAGGGCUGGGGGGCCACACGGGCCCCGACGACUCCCUCCCAUCAGCCAAGGACCAAGGUGGUGGCUUCCACCCAGAGACUUGUUUUGGUAGGGGGACCCAGAGGGCGGGAGGAGCUGUGCCAAGGCGAGGGAUAGCUGCCAUGCACUGAACCACACAACUUAGGGCCGCGGUUGGGUAGUGGGAUAUUUAACGGAGGUCCAUGUUUUUACCUCCCUUUGUGUGCCUGAGGUGGAUGUGGCUCCCUACCCACUCCCCUUCGCCUCUCCUCAAUGAAUAGGGCCAAAACAAGAUGGCGGCUGUGCUCUGCGUGGCUACAGAAAAUGGCCGCCCACUGCUGUUUUUGUCGCAACCGACAGGAGCAGCUGCAUCACUCCGCUCCCCUACCGAAAGGUUGGGAAUCUUAACCAAGGAGGUAACCAUAUUAUUAAUAAUAACUCCUGACAUCCCAAUUUCAAGUACUGUAUAUAGAAUUCUCUCUCCUUAAAGCUAUUUAACCACUCCAGGCUUACAAACACCACCUCCAGAGAGGCUGGUUUUGAGAACAAGGUAUUGUCUUCCCGCCAAUAUAUUAACAAAUGUUUCUUCCAUUGUGGGUUGGCCCUUCUAACAUUGCUGUUAUUUCCCUCGGCUCCACCCCAGACUUGACUGUCUCCCAUAUAAGAAAUCCCUCCUUCCUUUGGCUACCUGGUCCCCAUGCAUGUUUACCCACAGGCUACGAUAGUUGCCUUAUUUGCUGGCGGUAUCUCUGUUCUUUGAAAGCCUCAUGGCAGGUUGAAAUUUAAUCAAGGUGGCUUUAGCCAACAUGGACCUGCAGCAAAGAGGAAAGCUGAACCUGUUGGAUUGCUCCCUCACAUACAGUGAAUUGAGACAGGAAGCCUUUCUGUGAAUGCGAAUCUGAGUGUGUGUAUGUGUAUGUGUAUUGGGGGUGGGGAGCUGGCUACCCUGCUACCCAGAAACUCAGCCAUUUGGCUGCUCCUAUGCAAAGAUUUCUUAGCAGUGGUCAGGAGGAAAAAAAAAGUUGGUGCCUAUA